ACAGCAGUAGAUGGCAGUAGAGAAAGGAAAAACAAAUCAAUUUCCAUUUUAACGAGCAGUGACAUCAGUGUAGAAGAAGCUUUGCAAAACAACAGUGCUGACAAAGUCGAUGUAGCCUGUCGGAAAGGAGUGGUUAGACACGAUUGCCCAGCUGAAGUGAAAUAGCAGUGAGUGAUAUGCUCCUCUUAAAGAAUUUCAAGAAUAGAAGAACUGAAAUAUCAGCCUUUCGUCAGUUGGUCACUUUUAUGGUUUGAUUGUACACGGCAAAAGGUACCCAUCAAACGGGUGGGUGAAGUGGUGACAGCUAAUGGGAACUCACUGGUCUCAAGACAACCGGACUCUCCUAAAUCAGUCCGACCACAGGGGCAGGACAAGCCAAGGCUAUCAGGCAGAUGAUGAUGACUCCUUGGAUGGCCUGGAUAGACAGGAAGACAUUGCACAGUUUCCUUAUGUUGAGUUCACCGGACGAGACAGCAUUACAUGUCCAACUUGCCAAGGCACUGGGCGAAUCCCCUCAGAUCAGAUAAAUGAGCUGGUUGCCUUGAUUCCAUACAGCGAUCAGAGGCUUCGUCCUCAAAGAACGAAACUGUAUGUGGUGCUCUCUGUGGUGCUGUGUCUGCUGGCCUCCUCGCUGGUGGCCUUCUUCCUGUUCCCUCGCUCUGUGGGAGUGGAUGAUGAUGGCAUUCGCACAGUCACCGUGCACUUUGACCAUAACAACAGCAGAGUGCUCAUUAACAUGACGAGCUCUUUGAACUUCAGCAACUCCAAUUUCUUCACGGUGCUGGUGGACAGCAUAACCUGUCAGGUGCUCUACAUGAAGACGGUCAUAGGGACCCAGCAGCUGGACAAUGUCAUCCGGAUUAAGCCCCUUAGUCAGAGACAGGUGAACUUCACUGUUAGUAUGGAGAUCAGUGGGAGUCUCUCUUAUGUCUAUGCCUUCUGCACCAUGGCCAGCAUUAAGGUUCACAACAUCGUCGUCUUCAUGCAGACCUCUGUUAAAACAUCCCAUAUGGUCCGCAGCACCCAGAACACUCUAGAGGCCUAUCGAUACAUCGACUGUGGUUCAAACUCUACAGUGCACCAGUCCUCUGCCAUCUUAUGGUCUGAUCCACAUCGCAAACCCAGCAUCCGCCUGCUGAGCUAAAAAAAAGAGAAAAAAAAGACAUGGAUAGGACAUGCAUGGUUUGAGAUGUCAUGUCAUCUGCGGACAUGGAGGUGGGGUUUGAUUUCAUAUGGUUACCUUCAAGGCUUUGUUUAAUUGGUGGCAGAGCAAAAGGGAGUAGUUUUCCGAGAUUUAGCUUCUUUGGGCCGGGAUGGAACAUGGGAACGUGUUGCCUCUGAUGAGGUGAGUGCUACUUGAGUUUCUUUUCCUUGAAAAGGCUUUCAGAGCGUUGUUCAGUUGCACACAAUACUGCUUUUGUUACUGCUGAAUUAGAAACACUUGAACGUUGCUGCUCUUGGCUCUUGGUUGACUCCAUUUCAAGAGCCCUUCCCUUUAGAGUAGGGCAUGGUCCAGGAAAUGAGUACGUCAGUAUGAUCUGGAUGACUGAUAAUGAACGGUGCCAAUUCUGAGCAAAGAAUCUCGUGUUAAAUUGGCAUUCAGGCUUGAUGAAUUUGAUAAUUUUCACUGGUUUUUGAUCAAGUAUAGUAAGCUUUCUGAUUUGAAGUUGAUGAAAUGUUCAUUAUUUGUUUUUAAAGCUUUCAACAAGUAUCUUCAACUGGACAAGCUCAUGUCCUCAGCCUAACUCCAGUUAUCAUUUCUACUGUGUGGCACUGUACAGUUUUACUAACUAAAAUCUGCUUUUUCAUACUGAUUUGAUAGGAAAGACUGCUGUUUUUUUCUUUCUUGAAUAAUAUAUCCAAAGAUCAUUUUGCCUGUGUUUACACAAAAAAACUUACUUUUUCACUAUUUACAUAUCAAUGUUAGACUGAUAGGACUUUGUGCUGUUUCUGAUCUGGUUGUGCCAGUUGUAGUCAGAGUUGUUACUGAUGCUUAGUGAGGUGUUACUGAUGUUGCAUCAUGUGACUUUGCAAAAUAAGAAAAUGACCACUGUUGGUAACUGUCUCAAAUGGUUAUUGUUGGUGUUGCUUGCUUGUCUCCAGUAAGACCAAACACACACUUUAAACUAUGCAAAGUUUACCAAUGAGCAAUAUUAUAUUUAUUUAUAGAGAUUUUAUUUGUCAAAAUUGAACUUGAAGAUUUGUCAUAUAAUGCUAAAUUAUAAAUUAAAAGUGAAAUGUGGAAUUUUGAAAGAGAAUGGUACUUUGAUGUUUACAGAAAAAAAUAAGCUGAUCAUUAAGAUUCCUUGACAUGCAAUGUUUUAUACUGAAAAAGGAAAAAAUGUGUGUUCUACCAUAGUGUGUUAUGUGAAAAAGGGAAAGGCCAAUAAAUAAAGUUCUCUAAUAAAUGAAAAUGGUUUUCAUUUCU